AUGGCUGGAUUUGAACCGGGUGACUACACUGCUUUCCAGAACAUGGACGACUUGGCGCAUGGUGGCCCUAACCCGUUCAUGUUUCCUGGUGGAACUGGCGAUGAGGCUGAUGCCAGCCCCCAUUGA